AUUCCAUCGUGUUUUCAUUUGCAGUUUCUCAGUUUAUUUAUAAAAUCUAGUUGGAAAUUUGGUAACCCGCCGUGCGCCGCUCAAUACCAGUAUGAAUCAGUAUCGCAGCGAAAAGCAACUUGCUUAUCUGUAUCCGAUUAUCGCAACCUUAUCUUUCGUGUGCUGUAUAUCGACAACCGUAGCAUGGCAGCACUGGCGUUACGUUUUGGAUACUUGUGUUGAAACGAACUGCGGAUGCAUUUUACAUGGCAGAUCAACACCUACCCAUUUCACCGGGGGACAUGUCGCGUACUGCCACUGGGCGGCCUAUGGACUAGUGUUACCCAUUAUAUUCUGCUUUAUCUUUGGAAUAUUUCACGUUUUCCGGGUGUGCUUUGGCCGACGUCGACGUUACCCUGAAACUGCCACUGUUAGACAAAGAUCCGGGGACUUAAUUGUAAUGACAACUAAGACUGAUGUCGAAGAAGACGACAUUAAUCCAUACUAUUGGAUACCAGCCAGUGUACUUGGAAGCUUGAUGGCCGUAUUAACGCUCGUACAUGCCGCGAUGUAUUUGGAUGGAUUCUUAAACACCUGCAAGCAGCAACGCAACGAACUAAUCAAGUACAUGCAGGCCAACGGCAGCUUGGUGCCAAUCAUACAGAGUCGCAUUUCGUGUUCGUCGGUGUUUGAUUUUAUGGACUACUUGCAUCUGGACGUUGCAUUCGAUAGACGCCGCGAAGGUAGAAUCAAUACGGCUGCUGCACUGAUAAUUGGUUUAGUCUGUUCAUGGGUUUGCGUUGGAUUAUGGAUCUGGACGGUGGUAAUUAACGCCAGACGAGCGCGUGCCAGCAAAAACAUGCGAAUUUAAUCCUGAAUGAAGGUACAAUCCGUCCAUUUUAUUCCGAUAGUAUUAGGCAUCGUGUUUUAUAAUACCCGGUAGUAUACGCCAUUGAUACCGAUUGUGCCUGCAUUUUACAUCGAUGUAAUGUUUACAAACUUUCCAUGUUUUACAUCGCACAUAUAGUUAGAAUUGACAUCACGAAGCAUCAGAACGACAUCAGUUGAAUCAUUUUACAUAUUUUUAAUUGACAUUCUUAAAUAAACUGUAUU